AUGCCAAGAGUCAGCGGCGUCUGCUUGAUCUUCAGCCAGCUUUGGAAGGCAUCUUGGCGGGAAUGGGGGCUUUCUGCCUCUGCCAAACCCCUCCAGCGGUAUUACAAUUGGUGCGCUCAGUAUAAGGUCAAAGCAGCCCUCGAGUUUGAUCUCAUGAGAUCCAUGGCGACUUUGAAGGGUAUCACCGUCGAUAAGGUCUUGAUGAUGCUGGGUCCACCUGCUCGUGUGGCAGGAUUAGGUGUCCAGGGCACAUUGCCAUCUUCGACAAAGCGUGAAGGUUGA